GAACACACACAUUCGGAGGGCGCCGAUCAUGGAUGAAAAUCAGUCGGAUCUCGCACUGCCGGACAUUACCGAAGCCGAGGCUGAGCAAGAAAAUGGAAAUCAGGGCACAACGAGGACGCGUCUCAUCACAGCCACCACGGCGGAGACCACGACGGUGGACGGCGGCACCGUGGUGUCGGUGCCUGUGCCGGUGAGCCUGCCCGUGGGCAGUGCAAGCGGCAGCACCUUCAACGUGAUUACGCCAGAGCAGCUGUUGCACUUCAAGCCGAUGAUCUGCGUGGACAACAACGGCUUCAUCUCGGGCCAGGUCGUCGGCGGUGACCUCAAGGCGACGCACAUCGUCAUUAAGCAGCCCGUGACGGCGUCCGAGAGCGUGGCCACGAGCACACAAGAGAUCACGACGAUGACGGAGCCGCAGACGCAAUCGCAGCCGCAGCAGCUGCAGAAUCAGUGGUCGGACAUCAUGAACAUGGAGGUGCUGCCGAUCCGCUGCAAGACCACCACCGCGGAGCUGUACAAGAGUCGCCUGGGCUCGGGCGGACGCGGUCGGUGCAUCAAGUACAAGGACAACUGGUUCACGCCCAGCGAGUUCGAGCAGGAGUGCGGCCGCGGCUCCAGCAAGGACUGGAAGCGGUCCAUCCGCUUCGGCGGACGCAGUCUGCAGGCGCUGAUCGACGAGGGCGUCCUGCAGCCGCACGCCACCAGCUGCACAUGCCCCGCGUGCUGCGACGACGACUCCAUCUCUCUUCCAGGCGCCACGGGGCCGGUGCGCUUCUUCACGCCGUACAAGCGCCGUCGGCGGAACCAGAUCGAGAUCGACAACAAGAAGAAGCGACAAUCGGGCUCGGCGGACGAGUAUGCGGAGCAGGAGCCGGUGGUGAUCACGAAGGAGGAGCCCUGGGGCACGCUGACGGACGGCAUCGAUGGCUCCAGUGACUUCCUGGACGCCGCACAGAUCGCCGAGGGCAACAUCCCGCUUGAGAGACUCAAGUCGCUGUGCGUUCAGAUGGCCAAGGCGAUCGCAGAGUUCCGGCGUUGCAUCAACGAGGCGCAGGAGAUCCACGUGAAGCAGGUGGAGCGAGUGCAGCGCGAGAGAGACGCUGCGCUCAUCGCGGCCCGCGUUCACGACAUUGAGGACCCCAAUGCCAUCAACAUUGCGGCCGGCGUGGAUUUGAACGGAGCCAAGAAGUGUGCCAAUUGCAACAGGGAGGCGCUGGCGGAGUGCUCGCUGUGCCGGCGAACGCCCUACUGCUCGACCUUCUGCCAGCGCAAGGACUGGAACUCGCACCAGGUGGAGUGCUCGCGGGAUCCCUCGGACGGCACUCAGCAGAUCAUGCUGCUCGUGGACGAUCAGGCGUAAGGCGGACGGACGGGAGCUUUUCAGUUUCUGUCGGUGGGGUUUUUGGCGGGAGUAGUUUUAAGGAUCAUCUCGUGUGUCCAAUUGUGUAACCGAUUUUCUCAAAGCCAUAGAGCAUUUUUUUUCUUUCUUUUUACCAUUUAACACAAAACACUGAGAAUUUGGGGAAAUGGAAUUGGAAGCAAUAGAGCUGCACUGCAAAAGUUCUCCUAUAUAAACAAUUUUGAGAUGGAAAUAAUGGAAUUUGCUGCACAAAAAGCACACACAAAACAAAAACAGAAGGGGAAAGAUAAAAGAUUACAAUUCAUUGUAAGUGUAUUAAGUGAAAAAAAAGAAAAAUGGAUAAAUUUUUAGCAUCAAUUGUAACUAUUGUAUAUCACUUGUUGGGGAUUGUUAUGCAUGUCUUCAUUUCUCAUGCCGCGCUUCUUUAAUUCAUUGCAAUCAUUGCGAUUUUUGUGAAGAGGAAUAAAAAGGAAAGAAAAAACAUCAGAAUAUACUUUGUAUUGUGCAAACACACCCUAACUUUUAUAUAAAGAGAACGAUUAUAUUCAAUUUUAAUGCAACAAUCUGUCAUAUAUUGUAAGGGUUUAAAAGUAUGUGUAGAAAAAAGAAAUCAUUGAAAUUGAGGACAACAGAUUGGAUGAAUCAUUUAGAAAUAUUGAUUGUAUACUGUAGAGCAGCAGUGAAUAUAAAGUAAGAAGACCAAA